AUGAAAUCGUCAAUACCCGCUUCCUUCCGCUGUAGCUGCAGCAGGUCGACUCUGCAGUCGGUCGGUGGCCGAUCGCGCCGUCAUGCAUCUACCAGCUCCUCCGCAUCCUCCACCGCAAAUGCGCCCACUCCGUCUCGCAAAGCCCGCUGGCUAGCAAUCGCCUUUGUGAGCGUCGCUGCCGCCAGUGGAGGCGCCUACGUUCGAGCCCAAUCUCCCAAGUCUUCAGAGCUCAACCCAGAAACAUUCACCAAAUACUGCCUGGUCUCUAGAGAGCCCGUGUCCCCCUCGAGCAGUCUAUUCACUUUACGUCCCAAGUACCCCAGCGACAGCAACUACGAUAUCUACGAAGAAGCUUGGCGGGCGGGCGUAUGGAGUGUCAUGUUCAAGCAGCCUCAGCUCCAAAUCGGCCGAGAAUAUACACCAUUGCCUACAACAGCAGCGACCGGGCUGUCUGUCGACGAAGAAAACGAAGGGUAUCUGCGAUUCUUCAUUCGCAAGGAUCCCUUUGGAGAGGUGUCGCGGUAUCUACAUACUUUGAAUACAGGGGCCGAUAUCGAAUUGCGCGGACCUAAGAUCGAGUGCGCGAUUCCGGAAGAGACUCGGAAGAUUCUCUUCAUCGCGGGUGGGACAGGAAUUGCGCCUGCGUUGCAGGCGGGUUAUUCAUUGCUGAAUCGGACUACGAGCACGAAUCGACCACAGAUCCAUAUCGUUUGGGCCAGUCGAUUGAGGGCAGAUUGCCUGGGUGGUGUCAGUGACACGCUCAAUGCCACGACACAGGUCUCGGCAAGCGGAUCGUGGUUCUCAGGCUGGUUCGGCUCAUCAUCAAAUGCAGUCCACGACGGCGUGGAUACGAGAGUAUCUUCGCCACAGGAGCCGUCGCUGAUUGUGCGGGAACUCGAAGCGCUCAAGUCACAGUACCCUGGACAAGUGACGGUGGAUUACUAUCUGGAUGAAGAGAAUCGAUUCAUCGGGAAACAGGACCUGGCCCAAUUUAUCAAGCCCGUGGGUGGAGGCGAAGACCAAGACAUUCACAACUUGAUCUUGGUCUCGGGUCCAGAGGGCUUCAUCAGUUAUAUGGCUGGUCCUAAGGUAUGGGCCCAAGGCACAGAGCUUCAAGGUCCCCUACGUGGAAUUAUCAAAGAAUUGAAUCCUAAGGGCUGGGCUGUUUGGAAGCUGUAA